AUGUCGGGCGAACUGACGAACAGCGACUUCCGCCUCAUCUUUGACAACUACGAGAAGGAAAAGAAGGAGAGGGAAAACAACUUGUUACUGAAGGAACGGAAGAAGUUGAAAAGGAAAGAGAAAUAUUUAACCAGGAAAAAGAAAAAUGAAGAGAAGGAAGAACAGAAGUAUAGAGACAGAGCAGAAGAAAGGAGAAAAGGAAUUGUAAAGGAUGUUAAGGAUGCAAGUGUAUUAUAUGACAAUGCGAAUAACACAAUUGAUGAGUCGAAAUUCAUGGGAGGAGAUACGGAACAUACCCAUUUGGUUAAAGGGCUUGACUAUUUACUUUUAAAUAAAGUGAGGAACAAAUUAAUUGAUAAGAUAAGCUCCGAAAGGAAGAAAUUAAAAGUAAAUAAAACGGAUAAUGGUCCCGUGGCCAACAAAAUACCAACAUUUUCCAACGACGAAUCGAGGCACAUUUUUAAAUAUUUUUUUCUGUAUGAACAUCCACAUCAUGUAUAUUUUAAGAGGAAAAUAGAAAACAUUUAUGGGAACAUAAUGAACAACAUGAAAUUUAAAAAUUACAACAGAAAUAUUUACUCUGUUAAUUAUAAGUACAACAUCAAUAUGGAGGUGGACAAGAAUGACGUGCCUAUCAGGUAUAUAUAUAAGGUGGAGGACGUGAAGGUGAAUUAUACUUACCAUUUGGAAGCAUCCGUUUUGGACGAAAUAGACGUAUGCUUUAAGUGGCACAUGGAGAAUAAGAAGAAGAAGAAAAAUGAAAGAUUACCAAAGAGACCUCUAACGGCAAACUUUUUUCGGCAAGAGCAGAAUUAUGAACUUGGCCAAGGGGAGGACGACGAUGACGUGGACAUUUUUAAGAACGAUGGGGAUGAAAUGGGCGGUGGAGGCGAACCAGUAAACAGCGCAGCCAUUGCGCCGGAUGUUGCCAAUGUGGGGGGUAACCGCGUAGGAGGCAGCGCAGACGGGGAAGAUGAAGCGGACGGCGACGACAGCGACGAUGACGACGAUGAUGAGGACGAUGAGGAUGAGGAUGACGGAAGUGAUGAUGGUGGUAGUGGCAGUUCAAGUGCCAUUGGUGUGCACACGGAGGGACGUAGGAAGGAGCAGUACGGAAAGGAUGGAAAUAAAAGGGUACAGCAGGAUGGGGGCAGUAACAGGAGCUUGUUCUAUUCUAAAAAAUUGCCCGAUACAGGGAAGGUCGGAACUGAAAAUAGGAGUAAUAAGGAUAGCCUAAGUGAAAACAUUUUUAAGGACACAUAUGAUGAGUGCUAUCCGGGUUAUUAG